AUGUGGGAGGAUGAUGCUUUGGAGCUCACCAUGUACCAGAGCGGCGGAGCCGAAAACAAGCUGGGAACCGGCUUCAUAGUGUUGGGCAAGAUGCGGAGUCGUGUGAUAGAUUGGGAGCCGAUCGACGACCGGAUGAAUCAUCCGAUGCCGAGAAGGAAGCUGGAACAGAAGUUCAACAGCUGCCCGCAGAGGGACGUCAAGAUCGUCAUCGGAGAUAUGAACGCCCGCAUAGGAAGGGAGGAGAUGUACAAGCCGGUGAUCGGGCCGAACAGCCUGCACACCGUCACCAACGACAACGGCCAACGGUGCAUCAACUUCGCAGCCUCCCACGUUGUGGAUGGUGAUGACCUGGAGGAGUCCAGCGAUUUGUAUGGCGUCUUGCUUGUCACCAUGUUAGAUUGA